AUGUACGAGAUUUACUACCUAAAUGAACAGGAAGAAUUCGAAAAGUCGAAAGAAAAUGACGAAAUUCACAGUUCCCUGAUUUUAAAAAACCGUUGUGUUAAUGUGGAGAAAAAAAAAAAACUGGUUGGGGAAAAUACUUACGAAGGGGGAUACACCAUCUGGGAAUGCACGUGGGAGAUGCUGAAAUUUCUACACAGAGAGGGGAUCGACUUUAAGAGUAAGAAUGUCCUAGAGCUAGGCUGUGGACACGGCCUGGUCGGCAUAAAGGUCCUCCUGGACCAAGGAAACGUCGUCUUCCAGGAACUGAACAAAGAAGUCAUAAACGACGUGCUGCUACCAAACAUAAGAAAAAAUUUAAACAUAAAAAUGAAGAGAAAAAAACUCAAGGGGAAAAAAAACUACAUGAAAAUACAUAGCCAAAUUUUCAAAUGCAGCAUUAUUAAUAAACCCUGGAAGAAGCUCAAUAAAAAAAUUAGGAAGAAAAAAUUGAACCCAUUUCAUUUUAUCAUAGGAAAUGAAAUAUUAUAUAGAAAGGAGAAUUAUUAUCACAUUUUAAAAACCCUGAAGCAGAACAUGGCGUAUAAUGGAAAGGCGUACUUGGGCACUAAGUCAUAUUACUUCGGCUUUGAAGACGAGGGGGCUGGCACGAAUAGCUUCCUUGACUAUGUGAAUAACAAUGAGCAUUUCAACUUUUGCGCUCGAGUUGUUCAGACCAAUUCAGACAGGUCCGUUUAUUCCAAGGACAUCAUAGAGGUGACCUUCUCCGACGUGGCCCAAUUGUCGCGCGAGAUGGAAGAAAUAGAUCUGCAGGGCAUCUGA